AUGUGUCCGAGAUGGCUGAAACUGAAAGAGUCCAAGAGGCCGGCCAUUCGGAGCGGCUUUCUGGAGUUUCCGGAGCCCUUUGUCUUCGGUGUUGCUACAUCUGCAUAUCAGAUCGAGGGGGCAGCAAACCAGCAUGGGCGCAAGCCUUCCAUUUGGGAUGAGUUUUCCCAUUUGCCUGGCACCACGAGCGAUGGUGCCACGGGCGACAUUGCGUGCGAUCACUACCACCUGUUUCAGGAGGACGUGGACGUGAUGUCAAAGCUCAAUGUGAAGGCUUACCGAUUCUCGAUCUCAUGGAGCCGCAUUCUACCGAAUGGAACUGGAGGAAUCAACAAGGAAGGGAUCAAGUUCUACUCUGACUUGAUCGACAGCUUGCUUGCAGCAGGUAUUGUUCCUUGGGUUACUCUGUAUCACUGGGAUUUGCCCUCGAAGCUUGACUGGUUGGAUUCCAAGGAUUCCAUAACAUCGGCAUUUUCGACAUACGCCCGGACCUGCUUCGAGAGCUUUGGUGAUCGCGUGAAGCAUUGGAUCACGUUGAAUGAGCCUUGGUGCAGCGCGGUCUUGGGUUACAACACUGGCGACCAUGCACCUGGCCACACUGAUGCGGCCGAGUACGUGGCAGGCCACCAUAUGCUCCUUGCGCAUGCGGAAGCUGUGCGAGUCUAUCGUGAGGACUUUGCAGAUCAGAACGGUCAGAUUGGCAUUUCGCUGAAUGCAGACUGGCGCCAACCCAUGGAGAGCACCAGGGAGGACCGUCGAGCAGCUGAGCGUGCAAUGGACUUCUCCCUUGGCUGGUUUGCGGAGCCGGUGUUUCACGGGGAUUAUCCCAAAUGCAUGAGGGAAACCUGUGGUGAGAGGCUUCCAGCUUUCACGCCAGCUGAGUCUGCGCUUCUCAAGGGCUCGAGUGACUUCUUUGGCCUGAACAGCUACAGCGCCAACUUUGCCAAAGCUGCCCAACACCCCACCGAGGGCUCUGGCUACUGGAGUGACAUUGGAGUCGAGUGGUGGCACACCGAUCAAGACUGGGACAGAACCGACAUGGGAUGGCCAAUCGUACCAUGGUCCCUGCGGGAAAUCCUUCUUCACAUUCAGGAGCGGUACCGCCCGGUCGGCGGCAUCUUCAUCACGGAGAAUGGAUGUGCAUGUGAAAGUGAAGAAUCAGCCGAGCUCGAUCGAAGGUCAGAUGCGCUAGUGCCUACAGCAUGGGCUGGAGGCGAGAUCUGGAGGCCAGAGUCAGGAAUGGUCUUCGAUGACCCAGAGCGGGUGCGUUUUUUCAGGGCUCACUUGAGCGCUGUCCACGCUGCCAUUUCCCGUGGUGCAGAUGUACGUGGCUACUUUGCAUGGUCUCUCCUGGACAAUUUUGAAUGGGCUGAAGGUUAUGCAAAGCGCUUUGGAAUUGUCCGGGUUGACUUCCCAACUCAGGAGCGCAUGCUGAAAUCAUCUGCCCGCUUCCUUGCCGCGGUCUUCAAGGCAUCUUCGGAACUCGUGGGAAAGGUGCAGGAUGCGCAGCGCCAUGGAAGGCUAGUGGUCUUGAAGCCCCGGGAAAGGAGCAGUAUGCCGGCAGAACCUUCUGAGCUGACUCACGCAAAACGGCUGCUUCGAAGCUGGCGCUUGGCCUGCUUUGACCACGUCUUGCAGAUGCAGGGAAUGCUUCAGCCAGCGCUAACAGACGGAAUUGUCUGCAUGAACACAUCAGUUGAGAGUCAUAUUGACGUUAUGGCGCCGGAAGCCUGGAUCAAGACCGCUCAGCAAUACAUCCAGCCUGCGGUCUCAGAUGUUGUGAUCCGACAAUCCGAGUCCUUGUAUGUGGAGACCAGGCGGACACAUUGUGAGUGGGUGAUCCCGGAUCACGUUGGGGUGCUGUGGGUAGAGGUCUCAAACUACAAGUUGGUGAAGCGGCCAGCGCGCUUGCCCAGCCGUCUUGAAGACUUCAAGACCAACAACGUGUCCGGGCCUAACUGUGCUCUGGAGAAUUUGCUCGCAUCCUGUUCCUGUCGAUCAGAGGGCACAUCUCACCUUGCCUAUGCCGUCCGCCACAAGAUGCGAAUGGCUGCACGAGCGGCGUGCGCGAGCCUCGUCAGCGAUCGACGGCGGCUGGAGGCCGCAGUGGUGAAGCAUUCUCAUGGGGUUGCUGCAGCUUGGGCUAUGUACCUCAGGAUCAAGCUCUUCCGAAGCGUCAUUGUUUCUUGGAGGAUCAGCGCCUUGAGCGCAGCUUUUGACAGAGAACAACAGUUCAAGGACCUUCAGCGCAAAGCAGAGGACGAUAGCUUUGUGGAUCCCUUGCUCGAGCGGCAGCGGACUGCUCAGACGAAGGUCGCGCAGGUGAUGUGCAGAUCGUUGGAUGAGGGCGGCUUGCAGCUGAUACUUCUCCGGUGGCACCGAAUGGCCUUCAAGGAGAGACGUCAAAAGCAGGUGCUCCAGUUGCGCCAGGAGUCAGAGGCAAGGCUCAAAGUGCAGCGGCAACAGCGAGAGCAGGCGGAGCUGGCUACAGCAAGGUACCGGGAACACGUGUUUGCAUCGUUCAUGGCGUCGGGAUCGGUGGGAUCUCCAAACUGGCUGCGACUGUUUCUGUGGGAUUGGAAGCGGGCACUUCGGUCGUCUGCUUGGAAGCGCAUCCUACGCCUGUGGCGAGUUAUUGCUGCGAUGGAAAUCUUCAAGUGCAAAGGUUGGUUGCUAGAAUUCUGUGUGCACAUAUGGGCAUCGGUUGCACGGUGCUCCGUGCUUCAGGCGGAAACCUCACAAAGGAUUUCCAGGCGACACCAGCUUCGCAAAGAGGAGCAGCUGCUGGAAUCCUUGCGGGCGCGGCUGGCAGAAGGCCACCCGCGCUGCUUGCUUCGUGACGCGAUGUGUGUCUGGCAGAGGUUUCGUCAAGCUGAACUUCUCCGGCAUCAGGUCAGAGUCGUCUGCGAGCGGUGGAAUGACGAGGAGGAGACAGCCAGUCUGCUCCAUCAGCGAACAAUGUGGCAGGCGUCCUGUCUCAGGAGUUGGACCUACCGAUCCAUCACCAGUCUGCAACACUUUGAGGACCUUAAAGACGGUUUCCUGGCCUGGGUGCAGGAAGUCCGCGCGGCAAAGGGUGAGGCCGCGCUGGAGCUGGUCCGUGGAGAGGUCCAGAAAGGGCCAGAGGCACAGCAGCGGUUGGAAUCCCUGGUUCGCGACAGCUGGAUUGAGAGGAGCCUACGUGCAAACUCCCAUCAUCGUCUUAAGGGUCAUGUUGCCGUUCUUUGGUCUGCCUGGCGGACAGCGGUUCAUGAGACCAGAGCCGUCCAAGCAGCAUCCAGAUGUUUUGCAAGAGCAGCACGUGGGAACUGCCCAAGCUAA